GGCGAAGAUGUGAAAUAUUAGACAGCAGACGGUGCAGACUGAUAUGUUGUCAUGGAGUACGGUUGAAAACUAGCCACAUCAAAUAGGGUGCACUGGGGAUAAAAAAAAAAAUGAACAACACUGAAGAACAGCUUCAAGCGCUGCUCUAUCAAUGCGAACAGGCCUUGUUUACACUGUAUAGUGGACAUGAUCAGACAAACAGAGACACAGCUCACAAGUGGCUAUUGACAACACAGAAAUCACAUCAGGCAUGGCAAUUGUGUUGGAGACUCAUGCAGACUGAUAAGCCUCCAGAAAUUCAGUUUUUUGGUGCUUCAAUGCUUUACUUCAAGAUUGCCAAGAACUGGGGGGAACUUCAAGAAGAACAUUACAAUGACUUACGAUCAGAACUUUUUAAACACAUUUUCACAUUUUCCCCUGGACCAAGGAUUGUUCUUACAAGGCUCUGUGUUGCUCUUGGAGCGUUUGCCCUCAAUACGAUGCCAGAAUAUUGGUCAAAUGCAAUAAGUGAUAUUAUUACUACACUACAGAAUGCAGGAGGCUCAUCACAGAAUGGAAUGUGGUCCAUGGCUAUGCUGGAAGUUCUUACAGUGUUGCCAGAGGAGUUUCACUCAGGAGAUUUUCCACCUGGAAGAAAAUUAGCUCUUAGAGGAGAACUGCAGAAUGGAGUGUCUCAAGUUCUUCAAGUCAUUCAUCAUAAUUUGUUAUCAUCUCAGGCAAUACAAGUUAGACAACAGGCUCUGAAGUGUAUGAUCAGUUGGGUCCAGUUUGGUGUAACUAUCUCUGACCUUGGCGACACCCUGCCUCUUGUGUUUGAAUCAAUUCACAAUCCUGAGUUAUUUGAUACCAGUGUCGACUUGAUAGUUGAGGUGGCCACUCAUCCUUCUGGAAUGAAAUAUCCUAGUUAUAUGUGGAAUUUUGUGUCAAGUGUUCUGACUCUCAGUGAAUCUUUAAGAACAGCUUUGCAGUCAGGAGAUGUGGAUACAUCUAGAGGUUUAUGUCGGGUUAUGGUGUCAUUAGCUGAGACACAUUUAAAGUUGCUCUUGUCAGCUGAUAGUGAAGAAAAAGAAUUGCAAGGAUUCACACUUGUGCAGUUAUUAUUGGAAUGUACAGGUGCCCCAGGCUGGUAUCCUGUGGAUGAGCAGUGUAGUGAGAUCACAUUCAACUUUUGGUAUACUCUACAGGAUGACAUCAGUUCAGAAGAACCUAGUACCAUGGAGAAACACAAAGCCAUGUAUGGACCUGUCUUGUUAUCUCUGUGUCAGGUGUUUAUGAGGAAGGUUCAAUAUCCUCCAGAAAAUGUCUGGCAAGGAUUUUCUUCAGACGAGAAAGAGCAGUUUAGAUGCUACAGACAGGACAUAGCUGAUACUUUGAUGUAUGUUUAUUGUUUAUUGAGAGGUCACUGUUUACAACAACUGUACCAUAUGUUGUCAGAAUUGUUAGCAGGAGAGACACAGCCUUCUUGGCAGUCUGUAGAUGCUACUUUGUAUUUGAUCCAGUCUGUUGCUGAGUAUGUUGAACCCACUGAGGAGAGUUUCAUUCCCGCUAUUCUGUCAUUGUUACCAAGACUACCGUCCCAUUCUUACGUUUCUCAAACAGCGCUGCUGAUGGUUGGUUCCUACUCAGAAUGGCUCAAGUGUCAUCCGGAUCAUCUUCGCUCAGUACUUCCUGUAUUACUCGGUGGAUUGUCUCAAGUGCAUCUCGCCUCAGCUUCUACCCAAGCCCUGCGUGGCAUCUGUGAAGAGUGUGUCCAGGAUUUAGAGCCCGGGUCCUUAAUGGAGAUUCUGACGCACUGUCAGACUGGCCUAUCAGGAGGUGUGAUGAAGGAGCGAGAGCGAAUUCGCUGUGUUGAAUGCAUCGGACAUGUGCUGUCAGUACAAGACUCCGCUGGUGCAGUGGAACAAGUGAAGGCGGUAUUCACUCCUUAUGUGGAAGGCUUGGCUCAGAUAGUACAACAACAGCCCACUGCAGAGCUAAAAGCUAAUCUUCAGUUUCACCUCCGGCUCUUUGUCGUGUUGUUUAAAUGCUUGGACCCUGAAAAUGAAAACAUUGGGAAUAAAAUUCAUCCGGCUGCAGUUGUGCUGAACGAUAUCUUACCCUCGUUGAAGUCCAUGGCUCCUUGGAUGCAAGAUAAUGAUGUUCAACAACAAUUCUGCCUGUGCUUGGAGAGAGCCAUAGGAACAAUAAGAGACUACAUGGGCGGACUUGUGUCCGGUCUGUCUGAACUUGUGGUCGGAUAUUUCUCCGUUUCUCCAACCAGUGGAAUCCUGGAUCUCGCUUCCACGCUGAUAGGAAUGUACGGUAUGGUGGACGAACAUUACCGCACCAUACUUCUAGUAUUUCAAAGAAUCACCACAACAACAUUGCAGCUUCUGCAGAGCAAUUUGCGCGACUUUCCAGAUAUACUUCAGUCAUUUAUGCAGUUUGUUUGUAGGGGACUGAAGGCCAAUACAAAACUGGUAUUUGAAGGAGAUGGAUAUCAUGUGAACAUAUUUCAGUGCGGACUCGCAGCCCUUGAUGUUCAAGAGAGUCACACUGUGAGAGCUGCCUGUACGUUCUUUUCGACGUUCAUAACUGCUUGUGAAAAUGAAGAAACUGCGAAACGUACGCUACAAGAAUACGGAUCCUACCUAGUCAGUCAAGUUAUUAGGGGAAUAGCUGGCGGAGUUCCUCGUCAAUGUACGGAUUACAUGGCGGAAAUCUUGUUUGCUUUAAACAGACAUAACGUGACAAUGCUGUCGCGUUGGAUGCAGGAAGUGAUGGAGGUUGAAGGAUUUCCAUCCAAUCUGGUCACAGUGUCUCAAAAAGAACAAUUCUCUAGUGCUGUUUUAAGGGAAAGAGCUCAUAGAAGACGGGUUAAAGAAUCUGUGACACAGUUUUCGUUGCUCUGUCGAGGGCUCUACGGGACAGCUUAUGCUAGUUAGCAAGCUGAUUCUGCGCUUGCUCUAAGGCACAAGAAAGUAAACAGGCUUAUGAUCUGGAGCGAAGAUGGAAUUCGCAUGUGUUAGAGGCCUGUGACUUCUCUGCGCAUGUUUUAGAUCAGUAAACAAGUUUGUUAAGAGUGAUAAUAAUAUUAUGCAUUACACACAUGUUGCCUAGACUGCUUGAAAUUCGUGCGCAAGUAAAGCAUACUGUACGCAGUUAAGUCAUAAUCUACGUGUGGUUCCAUUUUUGGGUACCAUUUUUGCAACUCAUGCAGUUCUCGGAGUUAUUUCACAGCCAGUCUUCUUCGGAAUAUUUUGUUUGAGAAUGAUUCCAUGGGAUAAGGCGUAGUUUAAAGGAGUGGAAUAUGAAUGUGCCCCUUCUCAUCCAGUGGAUUUAAUAUUAAUAAUCAAGUUGAGAAGGUAACAGUGCUACAUAUUCAGUAGUGUCCUUUGCAGACUUUGUUUGGUCUUGCAAAACAACCCGAGGGAUUUCACUGACUUUGACCUUAAGCGGCUGCCGAUGGUGAAAUGGGCAGCUGCGCAGAAAGGCUCAAGAGUCUGCUCGCAGGUUAAAUAGACCGUGAGAGAUUGGGUAGAAGAGGAUGGGGAAAUAGGCAGUAAUAACAGAAAAGUCAUCAACCUAUGAGUUACAAAAGCUUAUUUCGUUUCAUUUAAAUUCUUCAGAUGCUUUUUUAAAAGAUUUAAUCACGAGUGAAUUGAUAUCACAACAUAUGAGAAAAUAUAGCUUGUCCUCAGGAAAGAAACACUGAUACGAAGCCAUUUGGGUCACCAAAUAGGGGUGAUGUCUUAUCCAAUUUCUACUGUAAGCUUUGUGUACAAAUAAAACAACCAUUGAGAAAAUUGAAA